UUUUUGCACGAGAAGAACGUCGUCCAUUCUACAAACCGUUUUAACCCGCUCUCUUUUAGCGGUAAAAUACGGAUAACGUGUAGCUAGUUACUGGAGAAUAUUACUUUCGAAAACAUAGCUGAGAAUAUCAAGCUGGUCAACUUUAUAAAGUAGGUUGUUUUGGGACGCUCCCGACCGACUGGAAACCAAGUAAACGAAAACGUUACAGAACGUGAGCCACAUGAGUUCUGACGCUAAGCCCGAGCCUAAAAAAGCCAAAAUGGAGAAUGAAAGCAAGUAUCUCCCUGAGCUUUUGGCAGAAAAAGACAGUCUGGAUUCUUCAUUCACACAUGCAAUGAAACUUAUAUCUACAGAGAUAGAAAGGAUUCAGAAAGGAGAGACAAAGAAAGAGACAGAAAGAGAAACUUACCUGGACCUGUUUACCACAAAGAACAUCAAGGUCAAGGAACGUGUGCUCAUUCCCGUCAAACAGUACCCAAGGUUCAACUUUGUUGGUAAGAUUUUGGGACCCCAGGGGAACACAAUCAAGCGACUCCAGGAGGAAACUGGAGCAAAGAUCUCAGUGUUGGGCAAAGGUUCCAUGAGGGACAAGGUGAAGGAGGAAGAGCUGAGAAAGGGUGGUGAGCCCAAAUAUGCUCAUCUGGGCAUGGAACUGCAUGUCUUCAUAGAGGUGUUCGCGCCUAUACCUGAGGCAUACCUGCGCAUGGCUCACGCCAUGGACGAGGUGAAGAAGUUCCUCAUCCCUCAGGACACCAUGGAUGGUAUAUGCCAGGAUCAGUUCAUGGAGAUUGGCUACCUGAAUGGUGGUCAAGAUUCACAAUCCAGGGGACGAGGGGGCCCUCCAGGCAGGGGCAGGGGAGCACCCCCACCCAACUCAGUAGGGGCCAGGGGGCGAGGAAUGCCACCUCGUGGAGGAGCCCCUCGUGGAGGCACCCAACGUGGUGGAGCUUCCCGAGGAGGACCUCCCAGGGGUGGGUCGUCCAGAGGGGCUCCAGCUGGUCGGGGUGGACCCCCCUCUACACCUGCUAGAGGAGGCACAACUCCCCGUUCCAGACCACCCACCCCAGGGACACCAAGGAUGCUCCCGUCCCCAGCCCACUCCCACCAGCAGCACCAGCACCAACAUGCACAACCACCCAAGGCUGAGGCCUACAAUGAAUAUCCCGCUUAUGAAGAAAGCUACGCUGAGCCUGCAUAUGAAGGUUAUGACAACUAUUACAGUCAACAACCUCCACAAGCGGACACAGAGUACUAUGACUACGGACAUGGAGAGGCUCAGGAGGCUUAUGAACCCUAUGCCCAGGAUGAUUGGGAGGGUUCCUGGUCCUCCACUGGAGGCAAAGCCCCUCCAGCGAGGCAGGAUAAGAGGGGGGCCUACAGAGAGCAUCCAUACGGGAGAUACUGAACAGCCUCCGGUAGAGGGUUGCCAUGGCAACUGUCGCCCAUUGUAACUCACUUAACUCUCCAAAGUAAUUUCCCUAAAUGUUUUCUUUUAAAUUUUCUGUAGUUUUUUGUUUUUUAAUGAUUUGAGAGCAGGACAACUGGAUGUAUCGAGUAGGCGUAGCAAGCGAAUGCAAGGAUUUGGAUAAUACGUUUUCAUUCAAUGUUUGUUUCCACUGCAUCAUUGACAGUUUUAAGAUCUAAUUUAAUGGUUACUUAGAGAAACGUGAUACCUUGUAUAGUGUUAAAUGUUAUUUUUGAAGGUUUGUUUCAGUUUCUGUCUUGAAAUGAUUUGUGGCAGUUGCAGACUCAUUUAGGCUGCAUUUCUAAAGUAUUUUUAGCUAAAACUUGAUUAAUGACGUCAAUGUAACAUCGGCAACUAGACUAAGAAUAUAUGGGGAAGAACCAAAAUAAUUUUGUAGACGAAUCAUUUUUGUAGAAACUAACAUUCCCUAUAGAGGCAUAGAUUUCAAUGUUAUUUUUCUUUUCUUAGUGUUUUGAAAUCUAGCCUUAUUAGACACUGAGACAGUCUGUCCUAAAAUAUCUCCUUUAAGUAUUUUCAAUUCGACUUGGUAGUAAGUACAUUCUACUUUAGAUAACUUUUGCUUGGCUUACUUUGGUCUACGUCUUAUUGGGCUGACUUUGAUAGAAAUGCUGAUAAAUUGCUCACUUUGAGUGGUCCUACAAGAAUUUGGACAUGGUCCUCACAUGGUCUUCAUGUAAGGGAAAACUGCAGUCAUCUCAAUAUUAUAUGCAUACACUUAAGACAAUUUUGUAUAUUGCUUUCCAAAGUUGUGCCGUCUCCAAAAUGCAUAGUGCUACGUACGUGUGUACUCUUGCCUAAAUAGGAUACUAAAUAUAUCCAAAAAAUGUUUUUCUGCAGUGCGUUGUAUCAAUAAAGCCUAAUUUGUUUUUGUUUUUUUAUCAAACUAAACCUGGUAUUUUGCUUUUGUUGUAUAGUAAUGCCUUCCACUUCUAAUAAAACUGAUUCUCGUUUUGAGGAUUUUCACAAAACUCCUAAACAAUCACCAGAUUAUUGUAUGUACAUAGGAGACAAAAGCAACCAAAAAGAACAUCUGCUUUACUUUGAUAAAGAGCACGUCCUCUUCAUCUCUGUAUUAAAAAGGAUCUAGAAGAGACUCGUUAUGUCACCUAAAAUAAAGAUGGUUUAAGGUAAUGUAUUUCCAAAUACUUCGCUUGAGAAGGAUAUAGUGCUUAGACUUGUAUUAUUUGAAAUCAAUCGUUACAACGGCACAUUUCCUCAAGCUUCCCAAUGAGCCAUGUAUUUUUAGUCCUUUGAAAUAACUGAUUUUCAACAGUAUUUACAAUCAAGCUUGCAGGGAUCUUACUUGACUUUGAUGCAAAGUCAUGCUGGCUGGUUUUAUUAAAGAAAAAUAUCGCAGUGCAGAGGAGAGGAUGCUAAAAGCCAAAAGAUCACGUCAAGAAGGUAAAACUAACCCCAACUGUCAUUUGUUAGAUAUUUUUUGUCUUAUGCUCAAAAUGCUAGAACCUGCUAGUCAACCCAAACCAGUUGUCCAAAACUGCGUGACUGAAAAAUAUGUCUCAAAUAAAAUAGCUGUACAAAAUGAUUGUAAUGCAACUCUUGCUAAAAUUGAAAACGCAGUUUAUGGUCCAAUCAUUUAAAAUGCCUUCUGCCUUUUUUUAUUUUGUAUUGUUUUAGAAUACUGUUAAAAUGUUCAGCAUUUGUAGCAAUCUUUAAGUCAUGGUUACAAAAAAUAAAUUGACCACCUCAGCUUGAGUUGCAUGACUUUUGCAGUGAAAUAUUAGUUUUGCAUGAAUGAUUGUCCAACUUUUACUACAUGUAGUUGUCAACAGCACUUGCACAUGGGUCUCAUUUGUAUUUCCGUCCCCAGGUAUUCCGAGUUAGUCCCUCUGGGUUUGAGAAAGGCAUUGGACUUGAGCUGAAUGUCCUCAUGGUAUAAUCCUGUGAAAGGCCUUGACUGCACUGAUGAUUUAAGGCUCCUGGCAGUCUGUUUUGUUGGUGAUUGAAAUGUCUGGACUGCCAAGGUUUCUUUCACUCGAGAUUCAACUGUUUGUUAGAAAUGAGGAUAAAAGAAUGAGCUCGUUCCAUCACUUCGGGAUAAUGGCACUCCCUGGAAUACAGUCGAUUGUUUCUAGAGAAAUCAACAUUAGGCCUACAGUGCAUUCAACUUGAGUUUGGAUGAAUUCAUGGUCUGGUUCCCAACAAAGCAGCUUGGAGAAUGCUCCUAGAGUACAGUACGAGGAACUGAGUUGGCGUAUCUUCCUUUGGCUCCUGAUAGAUUUCUGUGACUUGUUAAUUUUUACCUCCUGUUUUACAUUUUUAAAUAUGACAUUUUGUGUAAUUGUAAAAUUGUAGUUGCCACAGGAAGUUCUUGGAUGUUUUCUGUACAGACUUAAUUUUAUAUCUAAAAUAAAUCCCAAUAUCCUGAC